UUACAUACGUAUAACCCGUCCUGUCAAUAUAAAAGUACUUUUUCUGGUCUAAAGAAAAUGAAGACAACCGCACUGUCUCGAUGCGUGCAUAUACUACUGUUCCAUCUACUGUACACCUUCUCGGCGGUCGAUAUAUAUUUCAAUUCAAUGAUUUUGGAUGACAGCUUGGUAUCUCAACAGGCACCUCUCGGUGGACCUGUUCCGGCAGAUAGAGUGGCAUUAAUUGUGAUAGACGGGCUACGAGCUGAUCUUUUUCUGGAAGACAUGCCGACAAUUCCCUACCUUUACGAAAUUGCUAGAGAACGUGGGGUUUGGGGUAUCUCUCAUGCAGAUAUGCCUACUGAAACUCGUAAUGGAUUUAUACGUAUUUUGGGCGGGUAUAUGGAGGAUUUUAACAACAUACUGGUCCCACUCGGAAAAGAUAAAUACGUCAAAUCAUUACUAGAUACUGCAACAAAAGCACACAUAUGGUCCACAGAUGACCAUUCUGGAGGCCGCCCAAUAUCAUAUCUGUUUACGAAACUGAAGUAUAAAUUCAAUAACUAUCUUUGCCAAGGGGAUGACGAAUUUGUAGUUGAAGAUACAAAAAGGUUGUUUGAAGAGGGUGCAGGAGAUUUAGAAGAACAACGACAACUCAAUGGUACUGGGCGAUUCUUUGUAUUCCACAUGACGUGCACAGACACUGUUGGGCAUAUUAAAAAACCCCAUUCACCCGAAUAUAAACAACAAUUUAGGCAUGUGGCAUCAUAUGUUAAACAGAUAGAGGAGGCAUUUGAGAGUUACUACGGGGACGACCGCACAACAUUUAUAUUGACGUCGGAUCAUGGUAUGAAUGAUAGAGGUGCUCAUGGAGAUGGAGAUCCAAAGAAUACGGAAACACCAUUCCUUGCAUGGGGAUCAGGAAUAUCAAAACCCAACAACGUGUCGUCUAAUGCUGCUGAUUAUAUGGAAAGUAGAAUACCGUAUCGCAAAACCGACCCGAAAUGGAAAUUAGAUGACAUAGAACGCCGUGACAUGUUACAGAUUGACAUUUGUCCACUUGUAGCUUAUUUGCUUGCAGUUCCAACACCUGCGAAUUCUAUUGGAAUUUUACCAUUGGAUGUUAUCGACGCUACACCGGAAAUACGUACAAUUGCGAUUCGUCAUAAUUUACAACAACUUUCGGCACUUUACCAGGCGAAAGAAAAAGUCCUCAAACAAGGUAAACCUAUAUUUUUCAUGAAAUUCUACUUAUCUAAAUCUCUCUCACAGAAGCUUUCAUCUAUAGACUCACUAAUUGAUGAAGGUUCGUACGAUAAGGCUCUCGAACCUAUAAUGACAUUGAUAGAUCAGACGCUAGAGGGCAUUAAGUACUAUGACCAUUAUGAACUUGGCGCACGCUGGAUAGUGUUUGCAGCGUAUAUACUCUUUAUUAUACAAACACUUGUUUUGUACUAUGCAUGCGAACACAAAAUCCCAUACAAAAAAGCAUCAAUUAAGCUACUUGUUCCGAUGUCAGGAGCCUCAAUCAUAUAUCUUGGCCUUAAUAGAGCGCCAUGGACUCAUUAUUUCUACGUUUCAUUCCCAGUAUUUUAUUUGGUAGACAUAAUUACAAAUGCUCCAUCUAUUUUGAGAGAAAUUGAUAGAAAAAUAUUCAGUAUAUCAAGGUUAUUAUCUAUAUUACGAGCAAUUGCAGUCAUCGUAUCAUUGGUUAUUGGAAUGUAUUAUAGGCAAGUUCAUGCUACAGCACUUGCAUUAACUGGGAUGAUAUUCUACGACAAAGAACUACUCUCCCAGACUAUAAUCUUCGGCAUCUCUACAUUAUUAUUGGUAGCACUCUCAUUUGUGAAUCCGAACUCAUUGUUGCAUCUGCUUUCCUCACCUUUAAUUACACUCUUAUCUUCAGUUGGCGCAUUUGUAUACUACUGCUACACUACAAGUUGCACUAAAAAAUCUGAAUACUUAAUUCCAACAAUGUUGUUGGUAAUGGGAUUUAUUGCAGCGUCCUCACAAGUUAUAUCUGAUACUUACAUUGCACAAGCAACGCACAGUGCGUUUCUACUAAGACUCAAUUGGAUCCUCAUAACCUGCUCACUUAUGAUACUACCAUCCUCAUUGGGAAAAUAUAGAACACAAUACGAAAAACUUACUGUAUCGUUUCUCUCGCUAAUCGUCGCGUAUAGCAUGCUAUCUAAUCCAUUAGAAAUAUUGUUGUACACUACAGUGUUUGCGACAUGUAUAUCCUGGAUUAAGUUACUUGAUCUCGGCCCUAGACAACGCAAAAAUGACGUUGCCCUGACAUACAUAUUAACAUCGUUUGUCUCCUUUUUCUCUCCAGGAAAUGCCGCUUCAUUCUGCUCGUUUGAAAUUCCUGCUCUAUUUAGAUUUGUUUCUACAUUCUUUGUUGGAGCAAUGUCAUUUUUGAUAUUUUUGAAAGUAUUUAUGUCAUUCGCCGUCAUCACUGUCGCGUUCGGAUUGAUUGUGUUGUACGAAAUGGUUUCAUACAAUCUCAUUCCUCUUUACUUGACUGCAAUUCUGGACACGGUGGCAGUGGUAUCCUUCAUGUCUAUCAAAAUCCAUGGCUCUUGGGCGGAGAUUGGUACCAGUGUCUUUUGCUUUGCGUUUACGAACGUAUUCAUCUUAUGCCAAACAGUCUUCUUUUAUCUUCUCAACUAUUGGUUGAAGCGCAUACAAGAGAAUAAUAAUGACUUCUCUAUAAAAGGGAAUGAUAACAACUAUUCUCCUAUACAGGAGAAUAAUAAUGACUUCUCUAUAAAAGGGAAUGAUAACAACUAUUCUCCUAUACAGGAGAAUAAUAAUGACUUCUCUGCACAAGAGAAUAAUAAUGACUUCUCUGCACAAGAGAAUAAUGAUAACUGUUCUCCUAUACAUGAUAGUAAUAAUGAAUUCUUUGCACAAGAGAAUAAUAAUAACUAUUCUCCUAUACAUGAUAGUAAUAAUGACUUCUCUGCACAAGAGAAUGAUAAUAACUAUUCUCCUAUACAAUAGAAUGCUAGACAACAAGUGAAUACUAGCCUUUUUUAUGCAGAAGAAGGACAUAUUAAUAUUACAUGUAUAAACGUGUGAAUGUAUAUCUAUUAGCAAUACGUGAAUCAAAUGAUGUAGAUACGCUUUGUAUGAACUAGUUUCAUUAAAAAAAUAACUGGAAAUGAUGCACAUCUAAAAAUAUAGACAGGAUAUCUAUAUAAAAAUUUGACAUCAUAUUUAUUUGGUAAAACUACUAACAUCUACACCAAACUCUCCUAUCUACUCUCAUAUAUUCGUAUUCUAUGUUGCAAUUUCAAUUUUGCUAUUUAUUUUCAAUAUCUAAAAACAAGAUAAAAAACUGUAUUUAA